CUGCCAAAGGCACGGGGGCGUUUUCGUGCGGGUUUUGCGGAACGGUCCGUUGCGGUGGAUGCGUGAUUGAGGUCCCGCGGCUAAUAAUCACCCCCCUUUUUGGGGCCGGAGUGCACGGCGCGGAGGAGCCGCCGGAAAAGGGUGAUGUGCCAUCAGCCACUGGGGGGCAUUUGUCCUCUCCGCCACCUGUUCAGCCUCUGAAGCUUAUGGGAUAGGAGUGUGUGCGCCCCUUCCCAACCGCUCUGCAUCCCAGCUGGACUCAGUCGUGCCAAAGCUGAAUUGCGUUGAAGGAGAAGACAUGGGCAGCCCGGGCUCCGAGGUGGGUCUGGCUGGGUCCGUGGAGCCAGCUCUGGAGGCUCUGUGUCCCGAGUGUGGCCAGAUCCACCGCAGCUGGGAAAACCACCUUUACAACUACCGUCUGGAAGUGGACGACGAUCUGGUGUGCCACAUCUGCCUGCAACCGCUGGUGCAGCCUCUCGAUACGCCAUGCGGACACACCUUCUGCGCCCGCUGCCUGCGUAGCUUCCUCCAGGAGAGGGACUUCUGCCCUCUGGACAGGACCCGGCUGCAGCUGCAGGCAUGCCGCAGGUCCAGCAUCCUGGUGCACAAGCUGCUGGACAAGCUGUCUGUGUCCUGCCCUUUGACCCCUGUCUGCUCCCUCAGCAUGCCUCGCUGUGACCUGGAGGCGCACCUUAAACACAGGUGUCCAGGGAUGCAGAGUCAGCAGACAAAUGGGGACGGUCCACGAUGCGAGAGCGGGGAUGAGCGAGCAAUGGUGACCAGCCCUCCCAGGUCACCGCAUACACCACAGACAGACCUGAGGGACCGCACGCCGUCACCGCCCUCUGGACCCAAUAACAGCUGCGGUAAUGGGCCUGUGUGGACAAAUGAUGCCGGCCUUGACAACCCAGCCUUUGAGGAAAGCACCGAAGAAGACAGUGUAGUAGGGUUGGAGUGUGUGGUUCCCAGGGUGAAGCGGCCCCUCAGUAAUCCCUGUAUCCAUCUCCUGCGCUCCGUUAGCUCCACCUCCUCUGGCUGGGACUGCCCUGAAUCCCCGCCUCUGUCUGCUGAGGAGGGCUGUGUGAAGCUCCCCUCCCUUCCUGAAGGAGAGAUAACUGCCAUAGAGGUCCACCGUGCAAACCCAUAUGUAGAGCUGGGAAUCAGCAUUGUUGGUGGAAAUGAGACGCCUCUCAUCAACAUCGUGAUUCAGGAAGUUUACCGAGACGGGGUCAUUGCAAGGGACGGGAGGCUGCUCGCCGGGGAUCAGAUACUCCAGGUGAACAAUGUGGACAUCAGUAACGUGCCACACAGUUUUGCUCGCUCCACCCUGGCCCGCCCCUGCACCACCCUGCAGCUGACUGUACUCCGGGAGCGUCGCUGUGCCUCCCGGGCACCUCCCUCCUCUUCCUCCUCCACCCCAGCAGUCCCCCAUGCCCCCUGCUCCACUCCCGAAGUCACCCCACCCAGCCCAGCCACUCUGAGAAUCACCCUGCAUAAGCGAGACUCCACAGAGCAGCUUGGAAUCAAGCUGGUACGGCGAACGGAUGAGUCAGGGGUGUUUGUGUUAGAUCUCCUGGAGGGAGGCCUGGCUGCCAAGGAUGGCAGACUGCGGAGUAACGACCGCGUGCUGGCAGUCAAUGAACAGGACUUGCGACACGGCACCCCAGAGCAAGCUGCUCAGAUCAUACAGGCCAGUGGAGAACGAGUUCACCUGCUGAUUGGCCGACCCAGCAAACCAACUCCACCGCCGCCGCCAAAAUCAAGCUCCACCAGAGACCUUUACUGCCUUGAUCACUUCCUGCCUAACCACAGCUCUACCCCGAGUCCUGUGGCCAUACACCUGUCCCGCACCAGCACCCACAGAGACCUGUCCCAGUGUGUGACCUGUAAGGAGAAACACAUCACUGUGAAGAAGGAACCACACGAGUCUCUGGGCAUGACUGUUGCAGGAGGGCGGGGCAGCAAGAGCGGGGAGCUGCCGAUCUUUGUGACGAGCGUCCAACCGCACGGCUGCUUGUCGAGGGAUGGGCGAAUCAAAAGAGGUGAUGUGCUGCUGAGCAUCAACGGGCAGGAUUUGACCUACCUGAGCCACAGUGAGGCCGUGGGCACCUUGAAGGCCAGCGCUGCGUCGCCCUCGGUCCAGCUGCGAGUGCUCGAGGUCAGCAUGGUGGAAGAGCAGGACCAUGAUGAGCUGCUGCCUCACACUCACGACAGUGACUUUGAUGCCAACUGGUCCCCCUCGUGGGUCAUGUGGCUGGGCCUGCCCAGCUACCUUCACAGUAGCCAUGAGAUUGUUCUGCGCAGGAGCCAUCCUGGCAGCUGGGGAUUUAGCAUCGUCGGGGGAUAUGAGGAAAGCCAUGGCAACCAGGCGUUCUUUAUCAAGACCAUCGUCCUCGGCACACCCGCAUACUAUGACGGCCGCCUCAAGUGUGGUGACAUGAUAGUGGCAGUCAACGGCCUGUCGACAGCAGGAAUGAGCCACUCGGCCCUGGUGCCCAUGCUGAAAGAGCAGCGCAGCCGGGUGGCGCUUACUGUAGUCUCCUGGCCUGGCAGCCUGGUAUAGCUGGGCCAGAUCAUGAGCAGGCUGCGCACUCCAUAGAGUCCACCCAGAAUGUUCUAUAUUGGGAACGACCUUGGCCAAAGUGAACUGGUACGUGCUACUGUACAUCGCUCCAUAUCGGGCUUAAUCCAGGACCAAACGCAUUCAGAACUACUGAAGACCCAGCAGGACCCAAGCCUGUCCUGACCAGGUGGGAACUGAUCCAGAUCGUGCCACGUCACGCGACAGACUGCACUCUCACACACACUGCUGUGAUCAUAUGGUCAUGUUGUCUUCACUCCCACGGGGAGAAUAGUACUGCAACUGUUAACAGGCAAUCUGUGCUCUAGUCACCUCACCAGGCAGUUGUAGAAUCCAGGGCUAUAUUCAGGUGGAUGCAUCGAUGCAGGUAGAGAUUAAAUAUUUUUGAGGAGUAGUCUGCGAUCUGCUGUGAUCUAGGAUAAUGACAGUUAAUCAGUUUAAUCGAGAUGUUCUGCAAGACCAGUGCUGUAUCCAGCUGAAUGAGCCUCAGGCCUUAUUAGAAACCUGCCGCACCCUUGGGGCUCAACUGCCCUUAGGCCUCAUCACCAUGAUAAACCAGCUGCAAUAGCAGCUGGAGUUUUAUACAUGUGUUUGAAUGUGUGCUGUUUGUUUAAUAAACACUUCCUGCAAAGGA